AUGAGUUUCCCCGCUCCCGCCACUUCGGUCAAAUUGGUUCUUCUCGGCGAGGCUGCAGUCGGCAAGUCGUCGCUCGUUUUGCGCUUUGUCAGCAACGAUUUCCAGGAAAACAAAGAGCCCACCAUUGGCGCGGCGUUUUUGACCCAGAAAUGCACCGUGGGCGACAGAACCAUCAAGUACGAGAUCUGGGACACCGCAGGCCAGGAGCGCUUUGCGUCGUUGGCGCCCAUGUACUACCGCAACGCCCAGGCGGCGCUAGUGGUGUACGACAUCACCAAACCGGCAUCUUUCAUCAAGGCCCGACACUGGGUCAAGGAGUUGCAUGAGCAGGCGGCCAAGGACAUCACCAUCGCGUUGGUGGGCAACAAGUACGACUUGGUGGCGGCCGACAACGACACGGACGAGUCCUUGCGCAAGGUCAGCGUGGCCGAGGGCCAGGCGUUGGCCGAGGAGGAGGGCUUGUUGUUUUUCGAGACGUCCGCCAAGACCAGCCACAACGUCAACGACGUGUUUGUGGCGAUUGGCAGCAAAAUCCCCGAGGCCAAGCCGGCGGACGAGACGCCGGGGCCGCGUGGCGAAAGUGGCCGCAUCGACUUGAGCGGCAACGGCCAGCGGUCGGGCGCCUCGGAUUGUGCGUGCUAG